AUGGGAGUUCACUCUCAAGAAUUGAAGCAUCUCACCAAUGAACUUGAAGUGAAAGUGCCAGCAAGUGAAGUUUGGGAACUUUACAGGCAUCUCGGAAUCUCAAGACUUGCUGCAAAACAGCUCAAAAAUGUUAUCCAAAACAUUGAAGUUUUGAAAGGUGAUGGUGGGAUUGGCACUGUUCUGAGACUCACAUUUGUUCCAGGGAAUUCAAGCUAUACAGAGAAAUUCACAGUGAUUGAUGAUAAAAAGAGGGUGAAAGUGGCACAAGGAUUGAAAGGAGGAUGUCUAGCAAUUGGUUGCUCAGUUCAAAUUGUUCGAUUUGAUAUUAUACAGAAAUCCAUGACUUCGAGCAUCAUCAAAUCCGACAUUUCCUAUGCUGUGAAGAAAGAGUUCGAAGCUAAGGAUCCAAAGCCUAACAUCCAACUCUUGGCAGCCGCUGCCCAAGUUGCAAAAAAAUUUCUUGAGAGCAAACAUGAUGCAUGA